CAGGGGUUUCUUUCUCCGACCGUCUGGCUCUGGCUCUGGCUCUGGUAGUUCUGUAAGUGCCUUUUUUAAGAUCAUUAUUAAAGAACAAUUAAAUUUCUUUUUUAUUUCUCAGAAAUUUCAACAAUUGCAAUCCGAUAAAAGACAAAUCAAAAAAAAGAAAAUAAAGUAGAAAUGCAAGGAGAAGGUAACGAAGAGCUCAGCAUAGAAGAACUCGCUUCAAAUCUCUCUACUUACAAAGAGCAGCUUCAACAGGUAAAAUUAUUAUUUGUGAUCUGCUCACUGAAAUUCUAUGAAAAGCAUUGUAUUUACGCCUAUUCUGGAAACCGUGAGAAGUAG